AUGGCGCUGCAACGUCGUGUGCGCGCUCUGUAUACCUCGGCGCGCGCCCUUGACACUGCCCCGCUCUUUUCCCUGCGAGAUGCAUAUAUACCUCGCAUGUCUACGAGCUCCGGCCAAAACGGGGGACUCAGGUGGACGAUUCGAGACGAUCCCGCCGAGUGCUGGGCGAUUGUAGGUCCGUCGAGCGAGACGGGCGGCGCAGUGCGGCGCAGCAUUACAGAUCUGCUGCUGGGAAAGACGCGCACACACUGUAUUAGUACCGGCAAACUACAUCCUCCCGUCCAUCCGUUCCUGAACGGAGCAUCGCCCCAGCAGAGCAUUACACACGUCGCUUUCCAAACGCGCACAAACACGUCGGGCGAGUUUAUAGACUACACGACACGGUACGGCGCAAUACGCGAGGACGACUGCGAAACACUGCUGGAGAGUCUCUUGGCGUCCAUGGGCGUCUACACGGGCCACAUCGCAAAGAAGCGCAUGCAGCCCGAUCCGCUCGCGCCGUUCGAUUCCGACGACGGGCGCGGCGUGGGUCUGUUCAAGUGGCCGUCUACCGAGGCGCACCUGCAGGCUGCAGCGAAGGCACGCGCGGCCAAGCAAGCCAUAUAUGCCAUUGCACCGCAACUUGCGAUCGAUGAGGCGCUCCUUGCGCGCCCAUCUGUAGCUCUCUCGAAUGGCCAAACUCGUCGUGCGCGGAUUCUCCGCGCGCUUCUUUCCGGCGCACAAGUGGUCGUGCUUGCCGAACCAUUCACAGGACUGGAUCCUGCGACGCGCCACGACGUCACGAAACUGUUUGCGCGGCUGCACGCAAACAAAGCGCCGCGACUGUGUUUGCUCCUCCGUGAGCAGGACCACAUUCCCGACUUUGUCACACAUCUUGUAAAAAUCGACGAAGACGGCCGCGUCGUGCUGGGCCCGAAAGACACGGUGGGGCCGUCACGCGCUGCAGAGCACGUACCCGGAAGCUACGAUUGUGUCAAGGAUAAUCAUGCACAGCGUAUCGGCGUUGGCGACGCGUCGAAGCCUGCAUACGCGCACUUGCAAGAUGUGUCGAUAGACUACGGUGGGGAGCCGGUGCUCGCACAUAUUUCCCUGGCGGUUCAUCCCGGAACACGCAUGGUGCUUGUGGGUGAUAAUGGGAGUGGAAAAACAACUUUGCUGUCCUUGCUGCUCGGCGAUCAUCCGCGCUCUUACGCACUCGAUGAAGACCGACUGAGUCUGUUUGGCGCUGCGCGCAGUGCCGCGAGCAAUGCACACCUUUUUCUGCAGCGGCGCAUCGGCCACCUUUCUCCGGAGCUGUACAAUGCGUUUCCACGCAAAGGACUCGAGGUAGAUGGCCUGCGCGUCGCUGAGGUGGUGGAGAGUGGCUAUGACGGUAUCUUUACGCGCCGCCCACGCAGCGCCGCCGAGAAGCGACGCGCACGGCACCUUUUGAGCGUCUUUUGCGACGUUUUGGUGCCGUCACAGGGCGAGUUUGCUGAUGAGGAAGCGCUGGCCAAAGCAUCCUUCUCUACAUCCUUGUCGCAUGGGUCGCAAGCGCUGGUCUUGUUUUUGCGUGCGUUGGUGCACCGUCCCUUGCUCCUUGUUCUCGACGAGCCGUUCCAAGGUAUGAGCGCGCGCCAAGCAGCACGGGCGCGCGCAUACCUCGAUGCGUGCUCCGACUCCGCAUGGUGCUUUUACGGCAUGGAUGCAGCGGAGAUCGAGCAGGACAAGGCGUGGCGCCAAGCACUGGCGCUGGUCACAGUGAGCCACUACGAAGCCGAAUGGCCGCGUUCGUGUGGGGCACUGCUGCGUCUCGAGAAAGGCGUAGCAGUUGAGCAGUGGUAG